AUGUCUUAUAUGAAACAGCCUCAUUACUCAGUGAACGGGUUGACUUUGUCCGGUACCGGGAUGGAUCUCCUGCACUCUGCUGUCGGUUACCCGAACACUCCACGCAAACAACGACGGGAAAGGACCACGUUCACACGCGCGCAGCUCGACAUCCUUGAGUCGCUGUUCGCUAAGACUCGAUACCCGGACAUCUUCAUGAGAGAGGAGGUGGCGCUCAAAAUUAACCUUCCCGAGUCCAGAGUUCAGGUGUGGUUUAAAAACCGCCGCGCUAAGUGCCGUCAACAGCAGCAACAGCAGCAGAGCAGCGGUCAGACCAAACCCAGACCUACAAAGAAGAAGUCAUCACCCGCCAGAGAGCCCAGCACUAGCGAAGCCAGCGUCAGCACCAACGGACCUUACAGUCCACAGCCAGCACCCCCGGUUCCGACCAUUGCACCCAGCAGCACCAGUGCCACAGUCUCCAUCUGGAGCCCGGCGUCCAUCUCGCCCCUGGGUGACCCUCUGUUGGUUUCGAGCACUCCUUGUCUUCAGCGCUCCGGCGCGUACCCGAUGACCUACACGCAGGCUCCGGCCUACGGUCAGGGCUACGCGAGCUCUUCUUCUUAUUUCACAGGACUGGACUGCAGCUCUUACCUGUCUCCCAUGCACCCGCAGCUGUCCUCCACAGGGGGCGCUCUCAGCCCCAUCACCGCCUCGUCUAUGGGUGGGCCACUCAGUCAAUCUCCGGUGUCGCUGUCAUCGCAGGGCUACACCGCUGCUUCUCUGGGCUUCGGCACCGUCGACUGUUUAGACUACAAAGACCAGACGGCAUCCUGGAAACUCAACUUCAACGCUGCAGAUUGUUUGGACUACAAGGACCAAAACUCCUGGAAGUUUCAGGUCCUGUAAAUGAAAGAGAGCUAUACAUAGGGAAACCUGUUUUUGAACACAACACAGACUUUCAAGCGUAUAGACAUAGAAAAGCAAGAAGACAAGAAGUUUACUGUAAAAAAUGUUGCGGUAGUUAUGCAGCUGUUUGCCAGUAACUAACUGUAGAUUUGUAUUUAUGUUAUUUGCGGGCAACAGUUUGUUCAAAGUAAAAUGAACAUUAAACAUUAACAAGUUUUCACAGAAUAAAACUAAAUUAACAGC